AUGUUGUUAAGGUUUAGGUCAAAAAUUGGGAUGAAUAGGGUAUCCUGCGAGGCUACUGAUCUAUUUGGUGAUGUUGUUGAGAACUGGGUGAAAGAGGUUGGGUUAAAUGUUGAUCCAGGGACCGUUGUUGUCGGUAAUGACCCAGGGAGUGCUAAGGAACCGGUUUCUAAUAUUGCUGGUAGAUCUGUGGAAGAAAUGGGGUUGAAACAUGGUGAUAUCGUUUACAUUGAAUAUUCUGAUUCAAGUGGUUCUAAUGAAGGCCAGAGUGUUCCUGUAAAUGCUGUGGGUGCUGGAUCAGCUGUUAUCAGUGAAUUGCCUGUUGAUGUAUUGUUGGAGAAAGAAGAUGGGUUGAUCAAGAGAACUAGAUCUUCUCUUUGUAAGCAUGGUGACAAGGGGAUGUGUGAAUAUUGUUCACCAUUGCCCCCAUGGGAUAAAGAAUAUCAUGCGGAAAACAAGUUGAAACAUAUCUCUUUCCAUUCUUAUUUGAAGAAACUAAAUGAAGCAACGAACAAGAAAUCUAGUGGUAGUUCGUAUAUUCCACCUUUAUCACAACCAGAUUAUAAAAUCAACAAGCGUUGUAACAAUGGACAUGAACCUUGGCCUCGAGGUAUUUGUUCUAAGUGUCAGCCAUCUGCGAUAACUCUUCAACAACAGGAGUUCAGGAUGGUCGAUCAUGUUGAGAUCCAACAGAGUGAUUUGAUCAAUCAAUUUAUCGAAUCUUGGAGGGCAACAGGUAUGCAAAGAUUUGGUUAUUUAUAUGGUAGUUACGAGAAAUACGAUUCUACACCAUUGGGUGUGAAAGCUGUAGUGCAUGCAAUCUAUGAACCACCUCAACAUGACGAACAAGAUGGGUUGACAAUGGAUUUAGAGCAAGUAGAGGAGGAAAUGCAAAAAGUAGAUCAAAUAGCAAUGAGCAUGGGGUUAUUAAGGGUUGGUUUAAUAUUUUCUGAUUUGACUGAUACUGGUAAUGGUAAUGGUACAGUUUUCUGCAAGAGACAUAAAGAUUCUUUCUUUUUAUCAUCUUUAGAGAUAAUCAUGGCCGCUAAACAUCAAUUGGCAUUUCCAAAUGCAAGUAGAUUUAGUGAACAAGGUAAAUUUUCAUCAAAGUUUGUCACCUGUGUAGUUUCUGGUAACCUUGAUAGUGAAAUUGAUAUAACAAGUUACCAAGUCUCCAUUGAAGCUGAAGCAUUAGUUGACGCUAAAAUGAUCAGUGGCUCAACACAUCCAUCAAUGGCUUACAUUAACGAAACUAACGAAGAAGUAUACGUUCCUGAAAUUUUCUACAUGAAGACUAAUGAAUAUGGACUAACAGUGAAAGAAAAUGCCAAACCUGCAUUCCCAGUCGACUAUCUAUUAGUAUCAUUGACACACGGUUUCAUUACAGAAGACUCCAAGAAUCAAAUAAAAUUCCAUUCAACUGGUGGAUUCCCUUGGGCAAACAGACAAGCAAUGGGAUUAUCACAAGAUUACCAAGAAUUGAAAAACUAUCUAUACAGUGCAGCAACUGGAGGUGAUUAUAAUCUAUUACAUGAAAAAAUUUCGAACUUCCAUCUCCUAUUAUACAUCAAGUCAUUAGAAAUAUUCAAUGAAAAGGAUUGGUCAUUACUAAUAACUUCAGCAAUUUCAGAAAACUGGGAACAGCCUUUAAUCCAAUUAACAACUACCGAGUCAUUUAACAGUCUAGUGCUAAUCAUGGAAAUGAUAUAA